AAUAAUAAUAAUAAUAAUAAUAAUAAUAAUAAUAAUAAUAAUAAUAAUAAUAAUAAUAAUAAUAAUAAUAAUAAUAAUAAUAAUAAUAAUAAUAAUAAUAAUAAUAAUAAUAAUAAUAAUAAUAAUAAUAAUAAUAAUAAUAAUAAUAAUAAUAAUAAUAAUAAUAAUAAUAAUAAUAAUAAUAAUAAUAAUAAUAAUAAUAAUAAUAAUAAUAAUAAUAAUAAUAAUAAUAAUAAUAAUAAUAAUAAUAAUAAUAAUAAUAAUAAUAAUAAUAAUAAUAAUAAUAAUAAUAAUAAUAAUAAUAAUAAUAAUAAUAAUAAUAAUAAUAAUAAUAAUAAUAAUAAUAAUAAUAAUAAUAAUAAUAAUAAUAAUAAUAAUAAUAAUAAUAAUAAUAAUAAUAAUAAUAAUAAUAAUAAUAAUAAUAAUAAUAAUAAUAAUAAUAAUUAUAAUAAUAAUAAUAAUAAUAAUAAUAAUAAUAAUAAUAAUAAUAAUAAUAAUAACAAUAAUAAUAAUAAUAAUAAUAAUAAUAAUAAUAAUAAUAAUAAUAAUAAUAAUAAUAAUAAUAAUAAUAAUAAUAAU